UGACUGCAGUGCCCAUCGUGCCUCACGCCUUUCUUGGUCUUCCUGGGCCUUCACCUGCUUUCUUCAUUUUCCAUCCUUCGGCUUUUUUAAACCAUCUUGCAACACUCAGUCUCCCGCGGACGAACUUCUUCCCUUUUUACCAAUCACCUGGACUGCUGAGAAGUAUCCAAUUGCUGUUACUAGCUUACUUGCAACUUCAACUUGAUUAGCAGUUUUUGCAUCCUUCCGCCACCCAAGCGAACCAAGCCAGGGCAAUCCUCGAGAUCGUCAAUCAAUCAAUUACUUUUCAACGAGCCAUUCACCCAACAACAACCAGCACCCACAACGAACGAGCAAAACAUCCUCGCUUCGUCCCGCCUUUCCACAAAACACCUUUCAACUUUCACAUCACACACAACACACACCCAACCACAACACACAUCGACCAAAAUGUCGUCGCCCGCCCCUUCUAGCACCGGUGGCGCCAGGGAGAAGAAGCCCCUCGAGCAGAUCACGUUCCGCUUUUGCUCCGAAUGCAGCAACAUGUUGUACCCCCGCGAGGCCGAAGACGAGAACAAGCUGCUCUUCACCUGCCGCACCUGCAACUUUUCCGAGCCCGCCACGUCGUCGUGCAUCUACCGCAACAUUCUGAACAACGCUGCCGGCGAGACGGCUGGUGUCACGCAAGAUGUCGCCUCUGAUCCCACGCUCCCAAGAGCCAUCAAAGAAUGCCCUGCCUGCCACCACCCGGAAGCCGUCUUUUUCCAGUCACAGCAGCGUACUUCGGAAACCGGAAUGAAAUUGUUUUACGUCUGCUGCGAUUGUGGUAAUAUUUACCAGUAGGGGGAUUCACGCAGGAGCAAUAGGGCCAGUCGAUCCUUAUCAUGGGUGGACAGGCGGUAGGGAAAACAGGUUAAUAUCAGAGAUAAGGGGUCAUGAAGAUUUGCAUUAUGGCGGCGUUUGUACACGGUUGAAAGGGCCGAGGUUCAAGGCGUUCGGUUUUCUUUUUUACAUGCUUUGGCAGGACACUAGCUUAGAUGGUCUUCUCAACAAAUCUCGUGGAUAAGGUUAAAAGACACGGAUACAACUAUC